AUGAAAGUGUUCAAGUACAUCAUAUUUUGCCUGGCACUAACUAUUCGACUUUGCCAUGCAAGAUUCCGAAUAGAGAGUGAAUGGUCAGAUGGCUUUGAAGGAACAUUAGAAAUUCCGAUUAAGUCAGAAAUCAAUAAUGGUUGGAAAGUCGAGCUGCGAUUUGAUCAGCCGACGAUGAUCGAUGCAUGGCUUGGCAAUCUUCAUUCGAAAAUCGAUGAUCGAAUCUUUUUGUUUAUCAAUAAAAAUUGGAACGCACACUUGCCACUUAAUUCGUUGUUCGAAUUUAAAUUUGUGGCGAAAGGUGGUAUAGCACCUAGUAACUUUGUAGCUGCUUGGUUUAAUGAAGAACUGAUUCUUAGCGACUCAACUAGUACCACUCAUGUUUCAGAAGUUUUAAAUCCUACUGGAAAUACAACAGCAGGGCUCAAUGGUAACAGUGUUUCGACUAAAGGCACAUAUGAUUAUGGAGUAGUACUUCGUAAUUCACUUCUUUUCUACGAAGCUCAACGAGCCGGCAAACUUCCAUCGAAUAAUCGUAUUAACUGGCGAGGGGAUUCAAUGUUGAUGGACAAAGGAAACGAUGGUGAAGAUUUGACCGGUGGUUAUUUUGAUGCUGGUGAUUAUGUUAAAUUCGGUUUCCCCAUGGCAGGAUUUACGACAGUGUUAGCAUGGGGUGCCAUUGAAUAUGAAGAUGCAUAUCGACAAUCAGGUCAACUUGAUUAUGUUCGACAGGCUAUCCGAUGGGCCACUGAUUAUUUUAUCAAGGCACAUGUAAGCCAAUAUGAGUUCUACGGACAAGUCGGCGAUGGACAUGAAGAUCAUGCAUAUUGGUCACGACCAGAAGAUUGGACGAAACCACGACCUGCAUGGAAAAUUACGCAGCAAAAUCCUGGUUCCGAGUUGGCGGCUGAGACUGCAGCUGCUUUGACUGCUGCUUCAUUAGUCUUUCGCUCGGUUGAUUCCAAUUAUACAUCAACUCUAUUAGGUCAUGCUCGACAAUUGUACGAUUUUGCCAAUCGGUAUCGUGGCAAAUAUUCUGAUUCGAUUCCCAACAUAUCCGAUUUCUAUCAUUCAUGGACAGGUUAUGGAGAUGAAUUGGGCUGGAGUGCUGCUUGGCUUCUACGUGCAACUGGUGAUCAGCACUAUCAAGUAGAUGUUGACAAACACUAUAUCGAAUUCGGUCUCAAUAGACAACCUCACGAAUUCAGCUGGGACGAUAAAACAGCAGGCCUUCAAAUACUUAUGGCUAAAAUUACAAGACAACAAAGCUAUCGACAACAGGCUGAGAAUUUUUGCAAUUACGUUGUAAGACAAGCUCCUAAGACACCAAAAGGUCUCGUCUUUCUCGCUCCAUGGGGUUCGCUUCGACAUGUCAGCAAUGUUGCUUUUCUUUGUCUACAGGCUGCCGGAAUUGACAUUAAUCGUCAAGAAUAUUUGAAUUUUGCUACGCAACAAAUUAAUUAUAUACUAGGCGAUUCAGGUCGAUCAUAUGUUGUCGGCUUUGGUAAUAAUUAUCCUCAACGACCUCAUCAUGCAUCUAGCUCAUGCCCGAAUCGACCAGCCAUAUGUGAUUGGAGUGCAUUUUCUAGUCCUAAUCCUAAUCCACAAUUAUUGAUAGGUGCUUUGGUAGGUGGACCGGAUCAGAACGAUUACUAUGAAGAUCGACGAGAUGAUUAUGUGAAGAAUGAAGUCACCACUGACUACAAUGCAGGAUUCCAGUCAGCUGUCGCUGGUUUAUUAUAUCAUCAGGUUAAAGUAUGA